AUGGGUAGUUAUGAAAAUUUCCUGAAGACGGAUACCUGUACAUUCUACUCCUCAAGUGAUGAAUAUUCAUCUACAGAUACAGAAUCGGGGAACAUAUACAUUCCACUCAAAGAGGACCGUCUAGUGAAUGAUGUUGUGUUGACAAUGAAUGUGUUUCCUAGAAAAUCCAUAGAGUUGAGAGCAAUUGACCGCUCAAGCGGCGAUGAUCACAAAUAUUUCCGUAUUCAUGAAGUGAACGGAACAACAAUACAAAUUAUUUUAAGCCAAACACUCGAUGAUCUAGUUGAUAAUGAAAAUCCACAAAAUGUACUCAAGUUCAAAAUUCAGUGUAACAGUGCAGUUCAUGGAAACAGGAGGAAUCAUGAUGUAUCAUUUCUUAUGGUUACAGUAUAUGUUGAAGAUGUUAAUGAUAAUAAACCUGUCUUCUUGAACACUCCAUAUGAGCUGACCAUUGAUGAAACCACACCACUGGGAUCGAGUGUGUUUAUGGGUAUUAAGGCUGUUGAUCGUGAUAAGCCAAACACUCCAAAUUCAGAUAUUCAAUAUUUUAUCGGACAGCAAACAUCAGACACAAAAGGUGGCUUUUUCAUGCUCGACAGUCCACAUCGUCCACAUGUUAUACUUAAAAGAUCAUUAGAUUUUGAUCAUGGAAUAAGACAAUUUGAUCUUAACAUAAUUGCUCGGGAUCGUGGAGUUCCACCACAACAAACAAAUACAACACUGUCAAUUUUCAUUGAUGAUGUUGAUGAUCUACCGCCUGUAUUUACACAAGAAGCAUAUUAUACAAAAGUUAAAGAGUUUUUUACAAUUAGUGGCAAAUCGAUACAUAAACCAUUGAAAAUUGAUCCGCCAAUUGAAGCAUAUGAUCAAGAUUCAUUGAAUUCGACAUUAGUCUAUAGUAUUGUAUCUGGAAACGACAGAGAAGUAUUUUGGAUACAUCCGACGACUGGUGUAUUGUAUUUAAAGAAAGAAAUUGAUUUAGAAGCUGAAAGUCUUCAAGAUAAUUCAUUUUAUUUACAAAUUGAUGUUAAGCAAAAGAAUGAUCCAUUAAAGAGGGCAAUGGCACGAGUGGAAAUUGAAAUAAUUGAUAUUAAUGAUAAUCAGCCAGAAUUUGAAGUGGAUCUUUAUAACAUUUCAAUUGUUGAGAAUCUUCCGAAUGGUUUUUCCGUGUUACAAGUGAAUGCUCUCGAUAGAGAUCAAGGCGAGAAUGCCAUGUUCUUUUACAAGAUAUUUAAAGAAGAACCAAAAGGUGCUUUUGGUAUUGAUUCAAUCACGGGAUGGAUGACUGUUAAGAAUCAAUCAUUAUUAGAUCGAGAAGAGAGACCAACAGUGAAGCUAAUCAUUGAAGCCAUUGAAAAAGUUAAGCCAUAUAAUAGGCGUGAAUCAACAUCCGAAUCAACAGUGGCUGUAGACAUAACACUGCUUGAUAGCAAUGACAAUAGUCCAAUAUUUGAGAUGGGAAAUCUUUAUGAAUUUAAAGUUGACGUAAAUGCAUCAGUUGGAUAUGUUGUUGGGAAGAUAAAAGCUUACGAUCCUGACGAUGGACCAAAUGGAAAGAUCACAUAUGAGAUGAAAAACCGGAAAGAAACAGCAGUUCCAUUUCAAUUGGAUACAAAAACUGGUGUUCUUAAAGUUACUGGGAAAUUAGCUACGGGAAGAAUAGCUUUGUUUGUUGAAGCAUGCGAUCAGCCAAUUAAUCCAUCAGAAACGAGAUGCACAUUAGCAGUUUUAACGCUGGAUAUUGUUGAAGCUAUUGAUGUAUCUGAAAUCAAGUUCAUGGGUGCACCAUAUGAAUUUUGGAUUGGAAGUAAUGCACCGAUUGGAACCUCAGUUGGACAAGUUCGAGUUGUGUAUCGUGAUGACAUUAUUUUUGACUUGCUGCAUUCAUAUUCAGAAGGUGUACCGUUCGCAAUUGAAGAACAGUCAGGCAUAAUAACAGUCAUUAGACCGAUAAAUAGUUUCAACAGAAAUGCGUAUCAUUUUGAGGCUGUAGCAACAUUCGCUCAUUCACCAGUUGAACAUGUCAAAAAUCAAUCAAGAUCUUUAAAGAAAUCUCUACCAGAGGAACUGGGUUUUCAGGUUGAUGAGGGAAUUGUUUCGGAUCUAAAUUUCGCAAGUAUGUACAUCGCAAACGUAACAAUAAAUGUUGUAAAUCCAAGCAGCACCUCAAAAAAUGGAGUUUUUGUGAAGAGCUCACAAAAUGAAUUUGUCGAGUUUAAAGUCUUGGAGAAUCUGCCAAAUGCGAUUAUUGGAAAUUUAUUAACGAAAAAUUUUACUGACAUGAAUAAAAAUCUUCAAGCAUCGCCAUCGACACAAUCAACAACAACAGUUCAGCGACGUCCAGUUAUGCGUGAAAAUCGACAAAUGCUUAACAUGAGUUCAUCAAAAUUCAGGAAGCAUUCAGCUGAGCCGAGACUUAAGAAUAUUACAGCAACUGUGACAACUCCUUCCACAAUUGGCAUGAUUACUCGAAAGCCUAGAACAAACGUUUUUAAUAGCACAGCACGCAGACAAGCAAUAACAAAUGGACGAGUCGUAAAGCAGUUGCCACCAAUCACCUUAAAAAGUAAUAGUAAUACCACAUCGGAAGAGAAACCAUUAACAGGUUUAAAUAAAUACCUGCGGAGCAGAAAUCGUAUUGUAAGAGCCACAAAAAAUCUAAACUUCUUCAUUGUUAAUGAUUACGAUCUAAAAAACAAAAUGUACAUAUCGAAUGAUGGUAAGUUAAUGACGAUAAACGGAUUAGAUCGUGAAGAGAAAGAUUCAUACAAAUUGAGUGUAAUUGCUGAAUAUACAAACGGAUUAAUUGAAAGUGCUGGAAUUUAUCAGAUUAAUGUUAUUGUUAAAGAUGAAAAUGACAAUUCACCCAAAUUUGAAAGAUCUAGUUAUGUCGGUAUCAUAUCAGAGAAUUCUGCUCUCGGUACGGAGGUGUUAUUGAACAAUCUAAUAAUCGUUAAUGAUGCUGAUGCUGGGAAAAAUGCUGAAUUUCAGUUAAGCAUCUUAGGCGAUGGAAAUAGAUUAUUCACAAUUGAGAAAAGUAAUGAUGUAUCAGAACGUACAUCUCCGCUUAAUAAUUUUAAUAAUAGUGCGUUAGCGUUAUUCUCUGAUACAGUUUUGGAUGAAUAUAGCAGCAUGGUCGAUAUUAAUUUGCACUUAAUGAUGAUGAAUUCACGCGAAAUUCCAGCCAAUCAAUCACAUUUCGUCAUCAAGUUUAGUGGACCAAGUCUUUUGGAUCGAGAGCGAAAGAAUUUUUAUAAAUUAAGAUUAUUAGCUAAAGAUUCGGGUGGAUUGCAAGAGGAAGCACAGCUGAUGAUUUUUGUUACUGAUGUUAAUGACAAUCCUCCAUCUUUUGAGAAAUUGGCUGUGUUUAAGCAGACAGGAAUUGAACUUUUACAAUAUUCUGAUAAAAUGGAAAUUUAUUUUAUUGACAAUGCACUUUCUACACAGCCACAAGCUUCGCCAUUAGAAGCACCAACUCAAAGAAGUAGAAUUAAUGAUGAAACUUCUUCAACGUCAUCAACAUCCUUACCAAACAUAAAAAUACCAACACCAUCCUUGAAUAAAAUAAGAAUUAGACCAAAACAUCCAAUUGGAAGUCCUAGAUCAUUAACAGACAAUUAUGAUGAUGAGAUUAUGAUCACUGAAGAUCGAUCAUUCAAGUCUAAUUCACCAGAAGUUGUCAAUAAAAAUUCAUUUUUAAAAUAUCCACUAUUCAUGAUUGAAGAAUCCCUCGAAGCAGGUGUAACAAUUCUUCAAUUUACAGCAUCUGAUGAUGAUUAUGGACCCAAUGCUCAAGUUACAUACGAAAUAUCAUCAGAACAGAUUAUUGCAAUGCCAUCAUACACAGGAAACCUUAAUCAUAUCAAAAAGCAUUCAUUCUUCUUCAUCGAUAGAAUGUCAGGAGAACUGAAAGUCAAUCGACAGUUAAUUCCAAAUUUAGAGAUCUUAGUCAAUGUAACGGCAAAAGAUUCUGGUGGAUUAAAAGACACAAUCCAAAUUGGCAUACAAAUAAGUGAUGUUAAUAACCACGAACCUGUAUUUUUACGACCAUUUUAUUCGUUUGAUAUCGAGGAAGGAUUUCAUGUUAGUAAAAUUCUCGGUUCCGUUCAAGCAGUCGAUGAUGAUUUUGAUGACAAUGCAAAUAUCACUUACAGCAUCGUAAAUGUCGAUGAAUCGAAAUUUCCAUUUAGUAUCAUACCAAAAACAGGUUUAUUAAAGGUAUCUGGGCAAUUAGAUCGCGAACAGAGAUCUCUAUAUGAAUUCCGAGUGAUGGCUAAAGAUAAUAGCCGAAAAUAUAAGCAAUUGAACUCAACGGUAAUCAUAGAAAUUAAUGUUAUUGACUUGAACGAUAAUGCACCAGUAUUUAUAAACUACGACGAUGUAAUGAUUAAUGAGAUUUCGACACGUGGUAGAAAGCUUAAUAGCGAUAUACAUGAUGCUAUUAGUCCACAAAAUUUCACUCCAGUUUACAAAAUUAGUCUAGAUCGUAAUGUAAGUCCACGGAGGUUAAUAAAAGAAGUCAAAGCAACGGAUGUGGACUAUGCACUCAAUGGAAUGGUAUUUUACAACUUUUUGCAUAAUAACGUUUCACAUCUCUUUGAAAUUGAUGCACGCGAAGGCUUCAUUAUGACAACGCCACAUCAAGAACAAUUAAGGGAUCUUAAUAAUUAUGAAGUGUUGAAUCUUACUGUUGUCGCGUCUGAUUUGGGAAAUCCAGUUAAAAGUUCAUACGCUAUUGUAUUAAUACAGUUGACAGGUGAAAAGAGAUUUGUGCCAACACAGCCACCACCAAAGCUACUCUCUAACCCGAAGAAGAAUGUGGCAACAAAACCAAUUUUAUUUGUAAAUCAGUAUUACGAGAUUGAUGUCUUGGAAAAUAGUCCCACGCCGAUGAGAUUAAUUCAGUUUAACACUACAAAUGAGAAUGAUGUUUAUGUUUGGUCUCUAGUGCUGGAAAACAAAAACUAUUCAAUUCCAGUUAUAUCCGAUAUUUUUGGCAUAGACAAUGGAAUUUUAUGGCUGCAAAAGCCACUUGAUCGAGAAGAAUAUUCAUCAUAUACUCUCAAAAUUCGUGCUGAUUUGACAGGUCCAAGACGACCGAGAAAUGGAAAAAGUAUGCAAGUUAUGUAUCCAGUCACUGACGAUCGCAUUGAAAAUUUAGAAGACAAUGAAGUUCGUGUUGUCAUUCGAGUUGUUGAUGUAAAUGAUCAUGUGCCGAUGUUUAAGGAUCAAAGUCCAAUUAUUGCUGUUAUUCCUGACACAGUGACUUAUGGAUAUAAUGUGCUUAAAGUUACUGCAGAUGAUCGAGAUAUUGGAUUGAAUGGGGAUGUUCGAUAUUCCUUAAUUAAUGAGCCAACAAAUUUCUUUGGAAUUGAUGCAUUGACUGGACAAGUAAGGACUUUAGGACCUUUAUGGAGAAGUCACCAGAGAGUUUUUGGAUUUGAUGUUAGAGCUACGGAUCGACAGGGGUCUGAAAAUGGGAAAACUAGCAUUAUUAAUGUUCUCGUCUACGUCUUGGAAGAACAUAAGCAUGUUAAAUUCAUUAUGAGUGGAACGACGAUGGACAUAGAAAAGCAAGCAGAAGCAAUUUCUCGAAGUCUUUCUGAGGCCACAAAUUUGAUAGUGAAGAUUAGGAUGUUGGAGCCACACGAGACGAGUCGUGAGUUUUGGACAAAUGUGUACAUAUACGCAAUUGAUCCUAAGACGAAUACAGUCGUGGAUAUGGAAGAGUUACAAGAAAUCAUGGAACAAGUGAACAUGCAAGAAAUCCAGCCAUCAAUUCCAGUGGUAGAAUUAACAAAAUUAGGUGUGCCAGCGCAUUUAGCUCCAAAAAUUAAGCAAGGAUCAGGAGAAUUAGCAUCAAUAGUAUUGUCAAUAACGAUACUUAUAGGUGGCGUUUCCACAGCAAUUUGUAUACUUUGUGUUCGAUAUAAACGGUGAGCUACAUAAGGAAUGAUUAAGUACACACACAAAAAACCUAAUAAUCAUCACUUAACACCAGUCACAAAAAUUUAUUUAUAUUCCUUAAAAAGCAUUUUAUUUUUUG